UACUCAGUCAACCAUUUCUACAUACACCUGUUGCAUGGCCAACCAAGAUGGCUAAAAAAUUCCGCGUGUUUAUCGCUCUUGUUCAAACUUCCACAAUGCGGUAAAAUCGGUGAAAAUUUCAAUUCAUUUACAUCACUUUUUUAAAAAAGUACAAAAAUCAGUGUUCGUAAAGCAAUAAAAAUGAAACGUUGUGGUGAUAUUAUUGUGUUGUUAAUUGUUAGUUCGUACGUUGCCACAGUGGUCCACUGCAACAUUACACUGGAAGGAACAAAAUGUGGGCAAAAAGUGUGCACAAGGGAGGAAUACUGUUCACCAUUUCAUACGUCUUGCGAACCAUGUUCUAGAAUUUGUAACAAUGCGACGCACAACUAUGAUAAAACCCAAUGUGUGGAAAGAUGCCAAGACUACAUCCACGAUGCCCGCUACAAGUUAAAAGAUGAAACGGAAAGUGGAGACGAAAAUCUUAGAGCAACUGUUCAGCGACUUUCACAUAUGGUUACAGUUACCCUGGUUUUAGUGUGUUUUAUGCUGAUAGCUUUAGCAACAGUACUGAUAAUACAACUAUACAGAUGGAAAAAGAAGAAAAAUAUCACAUUGGCGACCAUUAAAAACAAAUUAUUUUCCAAAAAAUCAGAAACAGUUCAAAGCAAACCUACAGCUACAGCUAAUCAAAUAAACAAUGAAAAACCAGAACUACGUUUAGAAAUUCCCACAGAAUCUACUCAUUCUGGAAACAGCCCUGUCACAGUAACUACAUCCAUAAGUAGAAGACCCGCAGAAGACAGCACUUUGGAUUAUGCUUACGAUAAUCCAGCAAUGUCAUCCAGUCCAAAUAAUAAAACCAAUCCAAAUUCUUUUUAACUGUUACAUAGCGCUUGUUAUAAUCUCAUAUGUUUUCGUUGUCUUUUCCUCUAUUUUAAGAGCUAGUCGGGAAGCGGUGCAAUCCUAGAAGCUUCUCCUGUUAGAUUUUUCUGUUAUAGCUUUUAAGUCCACUAAUUUUUAAUCGCAGUUUGUACAGGCAGAAACUAUUACUCAUGUUAUAAAAGUAUUUUAUUAAAAAAAAUUAGUAAAAACCUCUCAAAAAUUGUAGUUUAACAAGAAUAGUGUCUCAUUUUCUUGUUUAAAUUCGUAUGUGUCAAACAAUGCUUAGAUUAUUAUUAAUCCAAAAUUUCAUACAUCUUGAGAUGAUUCCUACAUGGGGUAGUUUUACAAAAAUUUGCGAAAAUCAAUUUUUACAUCACAUAAAUUGCAAGAAAUGUAACUGAAAAUGAAAAAAUUAGGUAUGUAUUCAAAAUUAAGUUAUUUUAUUACCUAACAGAAAAUGUAAAAAUAUAUUGUGCAUUAUUUUUAAUUUUAAAAAAUCUACACGAAUAUAUUUAUUCCUACAGAUAACAGUGUGCUGAAAAUUGAAUGCGAAUAAGAUGAAAACAUAAAUAAAAUUCAUAUUUUGAAUUAAAAUUCCUAGGAUGAAUCUAAACAGGGUGUAGCACUAAUGUAUUUAUUAUUUAACAACUUGCUCGGUCAUCAACUUAGUAAGUGAUGUGUAAAAUGAUCUGCUAUGGUACAGUUAAUUUUAUGUAUAACUGUUUGUAAUCUCCAGUUUAUUCGGCGGUCUCGUACAUCACUUGAAAUUAAUGUAUUUUCAUAAUGAUAUUAUAUUUAUAAUAAAUUAAUUUAAACUUCCAAAACAACUUUAUGUAAUGCACUGAUUUAUAUUAUGUAUAAUACUUAUCACACAAAUUACAUUUUAAUUGUCACCCUUUACUAACUUCUGACAAAUACCGUUUUCAGAACUUUCAAUCUGUGCUAAAUAUUUGUUCGAGUUAGUCAGGGGUGCAUUUAUAAUUUUUGUUUUUUGGUUAAAGCUUUAAUAUUUCGUAGAUAUAUUAUAUGUACCUUAUGUAAUAACUAGGAGUUAAUAUUUAAUAAUUCGUAGUCGUACCUAUUGCUAGCCGCAUUUAGCACAGAUGUAGUUUAAACUUUAAUCAAUUAGAUGAGAAGGGUGUUUUAAAUUUGAUUUUGUAGGCAGUGUGUUCCAGAUAUAAUUAAAUGGAAUUAGUAAAAACCAAGUAAGCAACAAAAUAAGCAGCCAUUAGCGAGCCCCUAGUACUUACUGAACAUGGCUUGUAUCACAUUUUAAUAUCUUCGUAAGAUAUCGCCUAUAAAAUGAUUUUUGUGUCACCCGAUGCAUGUAACACUGCACUGUUUAUUAGUUGAUAGUUAUUUUUCCAUACAUUACAUUCCGUUUUAACAUAGACUGGGUUUUACUAGUAUUUAUAGCUUAGGUUUUGUAUAUAUUUUGUGAUUGCAAACGACACGUUUAGCCCUUAGAGCAGCUAUAAUAUUAGAUGACGUAGUUCAACACUAUGAAUCACACAGAGAUUAUUUUCAAAUUAAUUACUGCAUGAUUUCAAAAUUUGUGAUAUUAGUGAUAAAAAAUACUAACGAAUUGAAAGCACUGCAAUUUUGGGUUUCUAAAAUUAUUUUGCUGUAGCUUUAUAAAUAAACAUUGCCAAAAAUAAAAAAUGUAGUGUAUAGUAAUACUCAGCGAAAUUAUAAUUUGGCCACAAAUAUUGAAAUCAGCGUCUAUAAAACUAAAGUUUUGCAAAAAAUGCAGGACGCCCCAAUUUAUAUUAGUGUAAAGUUUUUGCAUAACCGGCUGUCAAAAAUAUUACUUUUCCAAAUUUUAAGUAUUGUAACGUCUCAUUUUACAUCACUUUCAUGCUAGUUCUUAGACAUACAUAUAUUAAGUUACUUCAUAGGUUAACUAGAUUAAUUUGGUUUUUAUUUUUAUUUUAUUUUUUUUUAUUUUUUUUUUUUUUUAAUUAAGGGAGUAGUGAAUCUCUUAAUUUGCGUCCAGCAAUCCGUCCACCUAAUUUUAAGUAUGCACAUUAAAGAAAAUUUUCAUUAAUGAUGCUUAGACUAAAUACUUAAAUAUGCGAUAGAUGUAGAUAUCUUAAUUUACUUAAUUGACAUAGAAUUAUUUCAGUACCUACCAAGUAUUUCUUAGUUGUCAAAUUAUUGUAAUGCGUAAAAAUUAUUUUUAUAAAUCUAUUUUCAUUCAUAUUAAGGUAUUAUAUGUAUAUAUAGUGUAAUUAACAAAUUAUAUAUAGAUCUGAUUACAAAACUGUAGAAGAUAACUGGAUUCACAAUUAAUUUUAUUUGUAAUUGUUGUCACUAUCUUUUACAAAGGAUUCACCAACAUCUGCCUUUCAAUUUAAAGAAGAGAGAGUAUGUCGUGAUUUUAUAAACAAGGUCUACGAUUAUUUGUUUAUAAGCACAAGAAACUUUAUAAUAGUAUUUAAAUAAUUACUUAUAACAAAUAUUUUCAAGCACUAUUAGUUUGUAAUUAGUUGAGUCAAAUACGUCCUGGGCAUAGUACUUAAAAACUAUAUUUUAUUCUAAGUCCAAAGUUACUCUUUACUGAUUAAUAUCUAAUUAUUGUGUGUAUGUUAACACUAUAUACGAUUAUAUGUAUUCUGGCGCAGCCAUUUUUUUGUUGUUAUUGCAAGAAUAUUGUCUUAUAAUUAGACAGCGGAUUUCUGUCGGGCUACGUCACGAUUUUAGUGGGGACGCGCUGCAUCGCCGGGACUCAGUAGCAGGUGAUAGGUAAUCACUGAAUUUAAUUGUCACUUGAUUCCAUAAAUACAAUUAACGAUUUAUUAAUCAAACGGCUAACUAAAUGAGAACUGGAAUUAACAGCAGAGUGCAACGAAGCAGCGUUAUUCUAAUCUCAAAUAAACGAAGUGCAGCCGGUAAAUGCAAUGAAUUCCCAUCCCGUACGAGCCGUACCGAGUUUGGCCUUGUCUAGCCCGACAGAAAUCCGCUCUCUACUUAUAAUGUAGUAUCCACAUAAUCUACUUGUGUAACACUUGGAAUAGUGUGUUGGUUUAAUAAAUGUCUAAUAAAAAAUGUC